GCGCGCAGAUGGACCCAACUGGACCAACUGGAGGAUCCAUCGCGGUGGAGAGGCCGGGGCGGGUCGUUCCUGGCGCGGUGACGCUCGGCGCCGCCGGCAGCUCGCCCAGGAUUGAAGCCAACGGGCAGAUGGGCAACCUGGAGGGGGGGUGGGGCAGCCAGGACGCCCGGUGGGACGCCAAGGGACACGGCGGCCCCGGCGAGUGGCUGGGGGGGUCGUCGCCGCCGCACGUCACCGCUGCCCCCGCUCUGCACGGCGGUACCAAAGGCGCCGGAGCCGACGUGUCCGCGCCGGUGAUGGACAGCCCAACCGUCGACGUGGGGAAAAUCAAAAUUCCCGUCUUGAAAAUGCCCAAAUUCGGGGUCCCGACGGCGGGUCCCGCUGUUCCCGCGCCACAUGCGGCCGCCCCGGCCGCCCAGCUCGCAGGACCUGAAAUCUCGGCUCCAUCCACCGAACCCGCCAUGCCCCAGGUGGACGUGGGCUUGAAGGGCACCACGAAGGUCCCCUCCCCCGCACCGGAGCCCCACGGCUUGGUGGGUGGCAAAGGAGCCAACGUGGAGCUGGUGGCACCUGGCGCGGCCGUUCCCGGCGGCAAAGUCCAGAUACCGCGGAUGAACGUCCCCAAAUUCACCGCCCGCGACGGGGGAGGUGCCGCUGCGGAGGGGGUGCUCCCCAAGGGGGACGGUGGCCCCGGUGGCCCCGAGGUGGCCAUCCAAGGAGACUGGCAAGGCCCCAAGUUCAAGAUGGUUGAAAGGCCCCAGAUCUCGCUGGCGGACAUCAGCCUGAGGGGCCCCCAGGUGAAGGGGGAGGUGGGGGUCACCGGCCCCACGGUGGACGGGGGUGUCCCAGGCCUUGGCUCCAAGGGUCUCCAGGUGGGCGUGAAGGCUCCUGAUGUCGCUUUUGAAGGUCCAGAAGGUCGGCUGAAGGGUCCCUCGAUACCCACCCCCGAUAUGGACGUUCGUCUGAAGGGUCCUCAGCUCAAGGGAGAGGGGGACCUUUCGACUCCAAAACUGGGGGGUGACUUGAAGGGGCCUCAGCUGGACCUUAAAGGCCCCAAACUGGGAAUGGACGCGCCAGACGUACACAUCAAAGGCCCCAGAGUUACCAUGCCCGAGAUGCACAUCAAGGCCCCCAAGAUCUCCAUGCCCGACGUUGACUUCAACCUGAAGGGCCCCAAGGUGAAGGGCGAUGUGGACAUGUCUGUCCCCAAGCUGGAGGGUGACCUGAAGGGCCCCGAGGUGGACAUCAAGGGCCCCAAAGUGGAUGUUGACCUGCCUGACGUGGAGCUGGAAGGCCCCGAAGGGAAGCUGAAGGGCCCCAAGUUCAAGAUGCCCGAGAUGCACAUCAAGGCCCCCAAGAUCUCCAUGCCCGACGUUGACUUCAACCUGAAGGGCCCCAAGGUGAAGGGCGAUGUGGACGCGUCCCUUCCCAAGCUGGAGGGUGACCUGAAGGGCCCUGAGGUGGACAUCAAGGGCCCCAAGGUUGACAUUGAGGCACCCGACGUGGACGUUCACGGCCCCGAGGGGAAGUUCAAGAUGCCCAAGUUCAAGAUGCCCAAGUUCGGGAUGCCGGGCUUCAAGGCGGAAGGGCCGGAGGUGGACGUGAACCUGCCGACGGCCAAGCUGGAUGUUGAAGGUCCGAAGGUGGAUGUUGAAGGUCCUGAGCUGGACAUCGAGUGCCCCGAAGGGAAGCUGAAGGGUCCCAAGUUCAAGAUGCCCGAGAUGCACAUCAAGACCCCCAAGAUCUCCAUGCCCGACAUCGACUUGAACCUGAAGGGCCCCAAGGUGAAGGGGGACCUGGAUGUUCCCACCCCAAAGCUGGAAGGGGAGCUCAAAGCCCCAGGCCUUGACAUCAAGGGCCCCAAAGUUGACAUCGAAGCACCAGACGUGGACAUCCAUGGUCCAGAGGGCAAACUGAAGAUGCCCAAGCUGAAAAUGCCCAAGUUCGGGGUUCCCGGCCUCAAGGGGGAGGGUCCCGACAUGGACGUGACCCUUCCAAAGGCUGAGGUGGACAUUUCUGCUCCCAAGGUAGAGAUCGACGUGCCGAGCAUGGACAUCAAAGGGCCCGAAGGAAAACUGCAGGGCCCCACGGUGAAGAUGCCCGAGAUGCACAUCAAGGCCCCCAAGAUCUCCAUGCCCGACGUUGACCUGAACCUGAAGGGCCCCAAAGUGAAGGGGGACCUGGAUGUUUCCAAUCCUGCGGUGGGAGCUGAGCUGAAGGGUCCUGAACUUGACAUCAAGGGCCCCAAAGUUGACAUCGAAGCACCAGACGUGGACAUCCAUGGUCCAGAGGGCAAACUGAAGAUGCCCAAGCUGAAAAUGCCCAAGUUCGGGGUUCCCGGCCUCAAGGGGGAGGGUCCCGACAUGGACGUGACCCUUCCAAAGGCUGAGGUGGACAUUUCUGCUCCCAAGGUAGAGAUCGACGUGCCGAGCGUGGAUAUCGAAGGGCCGGAGGGCAAAGGCAAAGGUCUCAAAAUCAAAAUGCCGGAGCUGAACGUUCAGACACCGAAACUGUCCAUGCCAGAUGUAGACCUGGGUUUGAAGGCCCCCAAACUGAAAGGAGAUGCAGAUGUUUCUGGUCUGAAGGUUUCUGGAGAGCUGAAGGGCCCCCAGAUAGACGUGGAAGGUCCCAAAGUGGAUGUUGAGAUGCCUGAGGUGGACUUGGAAUGUCUAGAAGGGAAAACCAAAGGCCCCAAAUUCAAGAUGCCAAAACUUAAUAUCAAAGCACCUAAAAUAUCGAUGCCGGAUGUGGACUUGAACUUGAAGGGACAUAAAACGAAAGGAGAGAUGGACAUUUCCCUUCCCAAGGUCGAAGGGGACUUGAAGGAACCUGGUGUGAACAUCAAGGGACCGAAAAUAGACGUCGAGGUCCCAGAUGUCAACCUGGAGUGGCCGGAAGCCAAACUGAAAACGCCCAAAGUGAAAACUCCUCAUUUUACCGUGUCCGGCCCCAAACUGGAAGGAACCGACCUGGAGGUCAACCUGCCGAAGGGGGAGGGGGAACUUGCGGGGCUGGAGGCAGAUAUCGAAGGGCCGGAGGUGGAUGUUGGAGGACCAGAAGGAAAAUGGAAGGGCCCCAAGUUCAGGAUGCCGAAGUUGAACAUCAAAACACCGAAAAUCUCUGUGCCGGACGUCGAUCUGAACCUGAAGGGACCCAAAGUGAAAGGAGAGAUGGGCGUCGUGGCUCCUAAGAUAGAAGGUGACCUGAAAGGCCCAGAAAUAGACAUCAAGGGGCCAAAAGUAGAUGUUGAGGCACCCGGUAUUGAUUUGGAAGGCCCCGAAGGGAAGCUGAAGGGCCCCAAGUUCAAGAUGCCCGAGAUGCACAUCAAGGCCCCCAAGAUCUCCAUGCCCGACAUCGACCUGAACCUGAAGGGCCCCAAGGUGAAGGGGGACGUGGACGUGUCUGUCCCCAAGCUGGAGGGUGACCUGAAGGGCCCUGAAAUUGAUAUUAAAGGCCCCAAAGUGGAUGUUGACCUGCCUGACGUGGAGCUGGAAGGCCCCGAAGGGAAGCUGAAGGGCCCCAAGUUCAAGAUGCCUGAGAUGCACAUCAAGGCCCCCAAGAUCUCCAUGCCCGACGUUGACUUCAACCUGAAGGGCCCCAAGGUGAAGGGGGACGUGGACGCGUCCCUUCCCAAGCUGGAGGGUGACCUGAAGGGCCCUGAGGUGGACAUCAAGGGCGCCAAGGUUGACAUUGAGGCACCCGACGUGGACGUUCACGGCCCCGAGGGGAAGUUCAAGAUGCCCAAGUUCAAGAUGCCCAAGUUCGGGAUGCCGGGCUUCAAGGCGGAAGGGCCGGAGGUGGACGUGAACCUGCCGACGGCCAAGCUGGAUGUUGAAGGUCCGAAGGUGGAAAUUGAAGGUCCUGAGUUGGAUGUUGAAGGUCCAGAGGGGAAGCUGAAGGGCCCCAAGUUCAAGAUGCCCGAGAUGCACAUCAAGACCCCCAAGAUCUCCAUGCCCGACAUCGACUUGAACCUGAAGGGACCCAAAGUGAAGGGAGAUGUGGAAGUUGCUGCUCCAAAAAUUGAGGGAGAGUUGAAAGGCCCUGAGGUGGACAUCAAAGGUCCCAAACUGGAUGUUGACCUGCCUGAUGUGGAGCUAGAAGGUCCCGAAGGGAAGCUGAAGGGCCCCAAGUUCAAGAUGCCCGAGAUGCACAUCAAGGCCCCCAAGAUCUCCAUGCCCGACGUUGACUUCAACCUGAAGGGACCCAAGCUCAAGGGUGAUGUGGACGUGUCUGUCCCCAAGCUGGAGGGUGACCUGAAGGGCCCUAAGGUUGACAUUGAGGCACCCGACGUGAACGUUCACGGCCCCGAGGGGAAGUUCAAGAUGCCCAAGUUCAAGAUGCCCAAGUUCGGGAUGCCGGGCUUCAAGGCGGAAGGGCCGGAGGUGGACGUGAACCUGCCGACGGCCAAGCUGGAUGUUGAAGGUCCGAAGGUGGAUGUUGAAGGUCCUGAGCUCGAUAUUGAGGGUCCCGAAGGGAAGCUGAAGGGCCCCAAGUUCAACAUGCCCGAGAUGCACAUCAAGGCCCCCAAGAUCUCCAUGCCCGACGUUGACCUCAACCUGAAGGGCCCCAAGGUGAAGGGCGAUGUGGACGCGUCCCUUCCCAAGCUGGAGGGUGACCUGAAGGGCCCUGAGGUGGACAUCAAGGGCCCCAAGGUUGACAUUGAGGCACCCGACGUGGACGUUCACGGCCCCGAGGGGAAGUUCAAGAUGCCCAAGUUCAAGAUGCCCAAGUUCGGGAUGCCGGGCUUCAAGGCGGAAGGGCCGGAGGUGGACGUGAACCUCCCCAAAGCCGAUAUCGAUGUUUCCGUGCCAAAGGUGGACAUCGAGCUGCCCAGCGUGGACAUCGAGUGCCCUGAAGGGAAGCUGAAGGGCCCCAAGUUCAAGAUGCCCGAGAUGCACAUCAAGACCCCCAAGAUCUCCAUGCCCGACAUCGACCUGAACCUGAAGGUCCCCAAGGUGAAGGGAGGUGCUGAUGUGUCUGUUCCAAAGGUAGAAGGUGACUUGAAAGGACCCGAGGUCAAUAUUAAGGGUCCGAAGUUGGAUGUUGACGUGCCUGAACUUGAUGUGGAAGGUCCUGAGGGAAAAUGGAAAGGCCCCAAGUUCAAGAUGCCCGAGAUGCACAUCAAGGCGCCUAAAGUGUCCAUGCCUGAUGUAGACCUCAACUUGAAAGGUCCCAAAAUUAAGGGAGAAGUGGAUGUUUCCCUGCCCCAAAUUGAGGGGGGUGUGAAGGGGCCGGAUCUGGAACUCAAAGGGCCCAAAGUGGACGUAGAAGUUCCUGACCUUGACGUUGAGGGCCCCGAAGGGAAGCUGAAGGGCCCCAAGUUCAAGAUGCCCGAGAUGCACUUCAAAGCCCCCAAGAUCUCCAUGCCCGACUUUGACCUCAACCUGAAGGGCCCCAAAGUGAAGGGGGAGGUGGACGUUGCUGCUCCAAAAAUUGAGGGCGAGUUGAAAGGCCCUGACGUGGACAUCAAAGGUCCCAAACUGGAUGUCAACAUCCCCGAUGUUGACCUGGAGUGUCCAGAAGCAAAGAUUAAAGGCCCCAAGUUCAAGAUGCCCGAGAUGCACUUCAAGACCCCCAAGAUCUCCAUGCCCGACAUCGACUUGAACCUGAAGGGCCCCAAGGUGAAGGGGGACGUUGAUGUUUCUGCCCCAAAACUAGAAGGUGACAUCAAAGGCCCAGAUGUGGAUAUCAAAGGUCCUACGCUGGAUAUAGAAGCUCCUGAUGUGGACAUUGAGGUCCCAGAGGGGAAGUUGAAAGGCCCCAAGUUCAAGAUGCCCGAGAUGCAUUUUAAGGCCCCCAAGAUCUCCAUGCCCGACUUUGACCUCAACCUGAAGGGCCCCAAGGUGAAGGGGGACGUGGAUGUUUCUGUCCCCAAGAUAGAAGGUGACCUGAAGGGCCCUGAAGUCACCCUAAAAGGUCCCAAAGUGGAUAUAGAGGCUCCUGAUAUUGACCUACAGUGUCCCGAAGGGAAGCUGAAGGGUCCCAAAUUCAAGAUGCCCGAGAUGCACUUCAAAGCCCCCAAGAUCUCCAUGCCCGACUUUGACGUCAACUUGAAGGGCCCCAAAGUGAAGGGUGAGGUGGACGUUGCUGCUCCAAAAAUCGAGGGAGAAUUGAAAGGUCCUGACGUGGACAUCAAAGGCCCCAAAGUGGAUGUUGACCUGCCUGACGUGGAGCUGGAAGGCCCCGAAGGGAAGCUGAAGGGCCCCAAGUUCAAGAUGCCCGAGAUGCACAUCAAGGCCCCCAAGAUCUCCAUGCCCGACAUCGACCUGAACCUGAAGGGCCCCAAGGUGAAGGGGGACGUGGACGCGUCCCUUCCCAAGCUGGAGGGUGACCUGAAGGGCCCCGAGGUGGACAUCAAGGGCGCCAAGGUUGACAUUGAGGCACCCGACGUGGACGUUCACGGCCCCGAGGGGAAGUUCAAGAUGCCCAAGUUCAAGAUGCCCAAGUUCGGGAUGCCGGGCUUCAAGGCGGAAGGGCCGGAGGUGGACGUGAACCUGCCGACGGCCAAGCUGGAUGUUGAAGGUCCGAAGGUGGAUGUUGAAGGUCCUGAGCUCGAUAUUGAGGGUCCCGAAGGGAAGCUGAAGGGCCCCAAGUUCAAGAUGCCCGAGAUGCACAUCAAGGCCCCCAAGAUCUCCAUGCCCGACAUCGACUUGAACCUGAAGGGCCCCAAGGUGAAGGGCGAUGUGGACGUGUCCGUUCCCAAGCUGGAAGGUGACCUGAAGGGUCCUGAGAUUGACAUUAAAUGUCCCAAAGUGGAUGUUGACCUGCCUGACGUGGAGCUGGAAGGCCCCGAAGGGAAGCUGAAGGGCCCCAAGUUCAAGAUGCCCGAGAUGCACAUCAAGGCCCCCAAGUUCUCCAUGCCCGACUUCGACCUGAACCUGAAGGGCCCCAAGCUCAAGGGCGAUGUAGAUGUGUCCGUUCCGAAGCUGGAGGGUGACCUCAAGGGCCCCGAGGUGGACAUCAAGGGCCCCAAAGUGGAUGUUGACCUGCCUGACGUGGAACUGGAAGGUCCAGAGGGGAAGCUGAAGGGCCCCAAGUUCAAGAUGCCCGAGAUGCACAUCAAGGCCCCCAAGAUCUCCAUGCCCGACAUUGACCUGAACCUGAAGGGCCCCAAGGUGAAGGGUGAUGUGGACGCGUCCCUUCCCAAGCUGGAGGGUGACCUCAAGGGUCCUGAGAUUGACAUCAAGGGCCCCAAGGUUGACAUUGAGGCACCCGACGUGAACGUUCACGGCCCCGAGGGGAAGUUCAAGAUGCCCAAGUUCAAGAUGCCCAAGUUCGGGAUGCCGGGCUUCAAGGCGGAAGGGCCGGAGGUGGACGUGAACCUGCCGACGGCCAAGCUGGAUGUUGAAGGUCCGAACGUGGAAAUUGAAGGUCCUGGGUUGGAUGUUGAAGGUCCAGAGGGGAAGCUGAAGGGUCCCAAGUUCAAGAUGCCCGAGAUGCACAUCAAGGCCCCCAAGAUCUCCAUGCCUGAUGUUGACUUCAACCUGAAAGGCCCGAAACUGAAGGGCGACGUCGAUGUGUCUGUCCCCAAGCUGGAGGGUGACCUGAAGGGCCCCGAGGUGGACAUCAAGGGCCCCAAAGUUGACAUUGAGGUGCCCGAUGUGGACGUUCACGGCCCCGAGGGGAAGUUCAAGAUGCCCAAGUUCAAGAUGCCCAAGUUUGGGAUGUCGGGGCUGAAAGGAGAAGGCCCAGAGGUGGAUGUGACCCUCCCCAAAGCUGAUAUCGAUGUUUCCAUGCCAAAGGUGGACAUCGAGCUGCCCAGCGUGGACAUUGAGGGUCCCGAAGGGAAGCUGAAGGGCCCCAAGUUCAAGAUGCCCGAGAUGCACGUCAAGACCCCCAAGAUCUCCAUGCCCGACAUCGACCUGAACCUGAAGGGCCCCAAGGUGAAAGGCGAUGUGGACGUGUCCCUUCCCAAGCUGGAGGGUGACCUGAAGGGUCCUGAGAUUGAUAUUAAAGGUCCCAAAGUGGAUGUUGACCUGCCUGACGUGGAGCUGGAAGGCCCCGAAGGGAAGCUGAAGGGCCCCAAGUUCAAGAUGCCCGAGAUGCACAUCAAGGCCCCCAAGAUCUCCAUGCCUGAUGUUGACUUCAACCUGAAAGGCCCGAAACUGAAGGGCGAUGUGGACGUGUCUGUCCCCAAGCUGGAGGGUGACCUGAAGGGCCCCGAAAUUGAUAUUAAAGGCCCCAAAGUGGAUGUUGACCUGCCUGACGUGGAGCUGGAAGGCCCCGAAGGGAAGCUGAAGGGCCCCAAGUUCAAGAUGCCCGAGAUGCACAUCAAGGCCCCCAAGAUCUCCAUGCCCGACGUUGACUUCAACCUGAAGGGACCCAAGCUCAAGGGUGAUGUGGACGCGUCCCUUCCCAAGCUGGAGGGUGACCUGAAGGGCCCCGAGGUGGACAUCAAGGGCCCCAAGGUUGACAUUGAGGCACCCGACGUGGACGUUCACGGCCCCGAGGGGAAGUUCAAGAUGCCCAAGUUCAAGAUGCCCAAGUUCGGGAUGCCGGGCUUCAAGGCGGAAGGGCCGGAGGUGGACGUGAACCUGCCGACGGCCAAGCUGGAUGUUGAAGGUCCGAAGGUGGAUGUUGAAGGUCCUGAGCUGGACAUAGAGUGCCCCGAAGGGAAGCUGAAGGGCCCCAAGUUCAAGAUGCCCGAGAUGCACAUCAAGGCCCCCAAGAUCUCCAUGCCUGAUGUUGACUUCAACCUGAAAGGCCCGAAACUGAAGGGCGAUGUGGACGUGUCUGUCCCCAAGCUGGAGGGUGACCUGAAGGGCCCCGAAAUUGAUAUUAAAGGCCCCAAAGUGGAUGUUGACCUGCCUGACGUGGAGCUGGAAGGCCCCGAAGGGAAGCUGAAGGGCCCCAAGUUCAAGAUGCCCGAGAUGCACAUCAAGGCCCCCAAGAUCUCCAUGCCCGACGUUGACUUCAACCUGAAGGGACCCAAGCUCAAGGGUGAUGUGGACGCGUCCCUUCCCAAGCUGGAGGGUGACCUGAAGGGCCCCGAGGUGGACAUCAAGGGCCCCAAGGUUGACAUUGAGGCACCCGACGUGGACGUUCACGGCCCCGAGGGGAAGUUCAAGAUGCCCAAGUUCAAGAUGCCCAAGUUCGGGAUGCCGGGCUUCAAGGCGGAAGGGCCGGAGGUGGACGUGAACCUGCCGACGGCCAAGCUGGAUGUUGAAGGUCCGAAGGUGGAUGUUGAAGGUCCUGAGCUGGACAUAGAGUGCCCCGAAGGGAAGCUGAAGGGCCCCAAGUUCAAGAUGCCCGAGAUGCACAUCAAGGCCCCCAAGAUCUCCAUGCCUGAUGUUGACUUCAACCUGAAAGGCCCGAAACUGAAGGGCGAUGUGGACGUGUCUGUCCCCAAGCUGGAGGGUGACCUGAAGGGCCCCGAAAUUGAUAUUAAAGGCCCCAAAGUGGAUGUUGACCUGCCUGACGUGGAGCUGGAAGGCCCCGAAGGGAAGCUGAAGGGCCCCAAGUUCAAGAUGCCCGAGAUGCACAUCAAGGCCCCCAAGAUCUCCAUGCCCGACGUUGACUUCAACCUGAAGGGACCCAAGCUCAAGGGUGAUGUGGACGUGUCCGUUCCCAAGCUGGAAGGUGACCUGAAGGGCCCCGAGGUGGACAUCAAGGGCCCCAGAGUCGAUGUUGACCUGCCUGACGUGGAGCUGGAAGGCCCCGAAGGGAAGCUGAAGGGCCCCAAGUUCAAGAUGCCCGAGAUGCACAUCAAGGCCCCCAAGUUCUCCAUGCCCGACGUUGACUUCAACCUGAAGGGCCCCAAGGUGAAGGGGGACGUGGACGUGUCCCUUCCCAAGCUGGAGGGUGACCUGAAGGGCCCUGAGGUGGACAUCAAGGGCCCCAAGGUUGAUAUCGAGGCUCCCGACGUGGACGUUCACGGCCCCGAAGGUAAAAUCAAAAUGCCCAAGUUCAAGAUGCCCAAGUUCGGGUUGUCUGGGUUGAAAGCAGAAGGCCCAGAUGUUGACAUCAGCGUCCCUGAGGCUGAUGUUGCUCUUUCAGGUCCCAAGGUUGACGUCUCCGUUCCUGACCUUGACCUUGAAGGACCAGAAGGGAAGCUCAAGGCCCCGAAACUGAAGAAGCCCGAGAUGCAGUUCAACGUCCCCAAGAUCUCCAUGCCCGACAUCGACCUCCAUUUGAAAGGCCCCAAAGUGAAAGGUGACUUUGAUCCUUCUCUUCCCAAACUUGAGGGAGACCUGAAAACUCCUAAGCUGGAGGUCAAAGGGCCAGAACUGGAGGUCGAGGGGCCAAAGCUCGACUUGGAAGGAAAAUCUAAAAAAUCCAGGUUCAAACUUCCAAAAUUCGGCUUUUCUGGCCCCAAAGUGCAAAGCCCCGAGGUGGACGUGAAACUUAAAAAACCCGAUGUUGAAAUUGCUGGUCCGAAGGUGGAAGUUCAAGGUCCAGAUGUGGACGGGCAGGUUAAAGCGAAAGGUUCGAAGUUUAAGAUGCCUUUUCUGAGCAUUUCAUCCCCCAAAGUCUCGAUGCCGGACGUGGAGCUGAACCUGAAAGGUCACAAGAUGAAAGGGGAGUUUGAUGUUUCCAGCCCCAAGCUGGAGGGUGACCUGAAGGGCCCCGAGGUGGACAUCAAGGGCCCCAAAGUCAAUGUGGAGGUGCCUGACGUGGACCUUCACGGGCCAGAGGGUAAACUCAAAAUGCCCAAGUUCAAGAUGCCCAAAUUUGGGGUCUCGGGGUUUAAGGGUGAGGGACCGGAGGUGGACGUGAACCUGCCAACGGCCAACCUGGACAUUGAGGGUCCGAAGGUGGAUAUUGAGGGUCCGGAGCUGGACAUCGAGUGCCCUGAAGGGAAGCUGAAGGGUCCCAAGUUCAAGAUGCCCGAGAUGCACAUCAAGGCCCCCAAGAUCUCCAUGCCCGACAUCGACCUGAACCUGAAGGGCCCCAAGGUGAAGGGGGACGUGGACGUGUCUGUCCCCAAGCUGGAAGGUGACCUGAAGGGUCCUGAGAUUGAUAUUAAAGGUCCCAAAGUGGAUGUUGACCUGCCUGACGUGGAGCUGGAAGGCCCCGAAGGGAAGCUGAAGGGCCCCAAGUUCAAGAUGCCCGAGAUGCACAUCAAGGCCCCCAAGUUCUCCAUGCCCGACGUUGACUUCAACCUGAAGGGCCCCAAGGUGAAGGGGGACGUGGACGCGUCCCUUCCCAAGCUGGAAGGUGACCUGAAGGGCCCUGAAAUUGAUAUUAAAGGCCCCAAAGUGGAUGUUGACCUGCCUGACGUGGAGCUGGAAGGCCCCGAAGGGAAGCUGAAGGGCCCCAAGUUCAAGAUGCCCGAGAUGCACAUCAAGGCCCCCCAGAUCUCCAUGCCCGACAUCGACCUGAACCUGAAGGGCCCCAAGGUGAAAGGGGACGUGGACGUGGCUCUCCCCGAGGUGGAUCUGAAGGGCCCAGAUCUGCACGUGAAAGGACCGAAAGUGGAUGUCGACGUUCCUGACCUUGACGUUGAAGGUCCCAAAGGAAAACUGAAAGGCCCCAAAUUCAAAAUGCCUGAAAUGAACAUCAAGGCCCCCAACCUGUCCAUGCCAGACUUGGAUUUGAACCUGAAAGGUCCCAAGUUGAAAGGAGGCGUCGAUCUAGAUCUCUCAGCGCCAAAACUGGAAGGGGACGUGGCCGUGCCAGACGUCAACAUCAAAGGACCGCAAGUUGACAUUGAUGCUCCUCAGCUGGAUGUUGAAGGGCCCGAAGGAAAACUGAAAGGCCCCAAGUUCAAGAUGCCCGAGAUGCACAUCAAGGCCCCCAAGAUCUCCAUGCCCGACUUCGACCUGAACCUGAAGGGCCCCAAGGUGAAGGGGGACGUGGACGUGUCUGUCCCCAAGCUGGAGGGUGACCUGAAGGGCCCCGAGGUGGACAUCAAGGGCCCCAAGGUUGACAUUGAGGCACCCGACGUGGACGUUCACGGCCCCGAGGGGAAGUUCAAGAUGCCCAAGUUCAAGAUGCCCAAGUUCGGGAUGCCGGGCUUCAAGGCGGAAGGGCCGGAGGUGGACGUGAACCUGCCGACGGCCAAGCUGGAUGUUGAAGGUCCGAAGGUGGAUGUUGAAGGUCCUGAGCUCGAUAUUGAGGGUCCCGAAGGGAAGCUGAAGGGCCCCAAGUUCAAGAUGCCCGAGAUGCACAUCAAGGCCCCCAAGAUCUCCAUGCCCGACAUCGACUUGAACCUGAAGGGCCCCAAGGUGAAGGGCGAUGUGGACGUGUCCGUCCCCAAGGUGGAAGGUGACCUGAAGGGUCCUGAAAUUGAUAUUAAAGGACCCAAAGUUGACAUAGAUGUUCCUGAGGUGGAGAUUGAAGGACCAGAGGGCAAACUGAAAGGCCCCAAGUUCAAGAUGCCCGAGAUGCAGUUUAAGGGUCCUAAAAUCUCAAUGCCGGACUUUGAUCUGAACCUGAAAGGCCCAAAAGUGAAGGGGGACGCGGACAUGUCCGUGCCAUGUGUGGAAGGUGACCUGAAAGGACCGAAAGUGGACGUUAAAGGUCUUGAGUUGGAUGCCAGUGCCCCAGAUGUUCAAAUCGAGGGUCCCGAAGGGAAGCUGAAGGGUCCCAAGUUCAAGAUGCCCGAGAUGCACUUCAAAGCCCCCAAGAUCUCCAUGCCCGAAUUUGACCUCAACCUGAAGGGCCCCAAGGUGAGGGGGGACGUUGACAUUGCUGCUCCAAAAAUUGAGGGUGACCUGAAGGGCCCUGAAUUUGACAUCAAGGGCCCCAAAGUGGAUGUUGACCUGCCUGACGUGGAGCUGGAAGGUCCAGAGGGGAAGCUGAAGGGCCCCAAGUUCAAGAUGCCCGAGAUGCACAUCAAGGCCCCCAAGAUCUCCAUGCCUGAUGUUGACUUCAACCUGAAAGGCCCGAAACUGAAGGGCGAUGUGGACGUGUCUGUCCCCAAGCUGGAGGGUGACCUGAAGGGCCCCGAGGUGGACAUCAAGGGCCCCAAAGUGGAUGUUGACCUGCCUGACGUGGAGCUGGAAGGCCCCGAAGGGAAGCUGAAGGGCCCCAAGUUCAAGAUGCCCGAGAUGCACAUCAAGGCCCCCAAGAUCUCCAUGCCUGAUGUUGACUUCAACCUGAAAGGCCCGAAACUGAAGGGCGAUGUGGACGUGUCUGUCCCCAAGCUGGAGGGUGACCUGAAGGGCCCCGAGGUGGACAUCAAGGGCCCCAAGGUUGACAUUGAGGCACCCGACGUGGACGUUCACGGCCCCGAGGGGAAGUUCAAGAUGCCCAAGUUCAAGAUGCCCAAGUUCGGGAUGCCGGGCUUCAAGGCGGAAGGGCCGGAGGUGGACGUGAACCUGCCGAUGGCGAAGGUGGAAAUUGAAGGUCCUGAGUUGGAUGUUGAAGGUCCAGAGGGGAAGCUGAAGGGUCCCAAGUUCAAGAUGCCCGAGAUGCACAUCAAGGCCCCCAAGAUCUCCAUGCCCGACAUCGACUUGAACCUGAAGGGACCCAAGCUCAAGGGCGAUGUAGAUGUGUCCCUUCCCAAGCUGGAGGGUGACCUGAAGGGCCCCGAGGUGGACAUCAAGGGCCCCAAAGUGGAUGUUGACCUGCCUGACGUGGAGCUGGAAGGCCCCGAAGGGAAGCUGAAGGGCCCCAAGUUCAAGAUGCCCGAGAUGCACAUCAAGGCCCCCAAGUUCUCCAUGCCCGACGUUGACUUCAACCUGAAGGGCCCCAAGCUCAAGGGUGAUGUGGACGUGUCCCUUCCCAAGCUGGAGGGUGACCUGAAGGGUCCUGAGAUUGACAUCAAGGGCCCCAAGGUUGACAUUGAGGCACCCGACGUGGACGUUCACGGCCCCGAGGGGAAGUUCAAGAUGCCCAAGUUCAAGAUGCCCAAGUUCGGGAUGCCGGGCUUCAAGGCGGAAGGGCCGGAGGUGGACGUGAACCUGCCGACGGCCAAGCUGGAUGUUGAAGGUCCAAAGGUGGAAAUUGAAGGUCCUGGGUUGGAUGUUGAAGGUCCAGAGGGGAAGCUGAAGGGUCCCAAGUUCAAGAUGCCCGAGAUGCACAUCAAGGCCCCCAAGAUCUCCAUGCCCGACGUCGACUUCAACCUGAAGGGCCCCAAGGUGAAGGGCGAUGUGGACGUGUCUGUCCCCAGGCUGGAGGGUGACCUGAAGGGUCCUGAAAUUGAUAUUAAAGGCCCCAAAGUGGAUGUUGACCUGCCUGACGUGGAGCUGGAAGGCCCCGAAGGGAAGCUGAAGGGCCCCAAGUUCAAGAUGCCCGAGAUGCACAUCAAGGCCCCCAAGUUCUCCAUGCCCGACGUUGACUUCAACCUGAAGGGCCCCAAGCUCAAGGGGGACGUUGACAUGUCGCUGCCGGGAGCUGAGUGUGAACUGAAAGGUCCCACGGUAGACAUUGAUGCUCCUAAAGUGGAGAUCGGUGCCCCCGAUGUGGACCUCGACGGCGCCGAGGGGAAAUUCAAGCUGCCUAAAUUCAAGAUGCCCAAGUUCUCCAUGCCGGGCUUCAAGGGGGAGGGAGUGGAUGUGGAUGUCACCCUCCCAAGGGGUGACGUUGCCAUUUCGGGCCCCGGCGUUGAGGUGGAGGUUCCUGACAUGAACGUGGAGGGAAAAGUCAAAGGUCCCAAGCUCACGAUGCCCGAGAUGCACCUCAAGGCCCCCAAGGUCUCCAUCCCUGACGUUGACUUCAGCAUCAAGGGGCCCCAGCUAAAAGGAGAUGUCGAUGUUUCCGGGCCCAGGCUUGAAGGUGACCUGAAAGCCCCCAAAAUAGACAUCGAGGCUCCAGAUGUGACCAUCGAAGGGCCAGAAGGGAAACUCAAAGGCCCCAAGUUCAAGAUGCCCGAGAUGCACAUCAAGGCCCCCAAGAUCUCCAUGCCCGACGUUGACUUCAACCUGAAGGGCCCCAAGGUGAAGGGCGAUGUGGACGUGUCCGUCCCCAAGCUGGAGGGUGACCUGAAGGGCCCCGAGGUGGACAUCAAGGGCCCCAGAGUUGAUGUUGACCUGCCUGACGUGGAGCUGGAAGGCCCCGAAGGGAAGCUGAAGGGCCCCAAGUUCAAGAUGCCCGAGAUGCACAUCAAGGCCCCCCAGAUCUCCAUGCCCGACAUCGACCUCAACCUGAAGGGGCCGAAGCUGAAAGGUGACGUUGACCUUCAGGCUCCCAAGCUUGAGGGGGGGCUGAAGGGUCCUGAAGUUGAUAUCAAAGGCCCCAAAGUCGAUAUCGAGGGGCCAGAGGUCGACGUUAACGGUCUGGAGGGGAAAGUGAAGAUGCCUAAAAUGAAGCUGCCCAAGUUUGGCUUCAAGGGAGAAGGUCCCGAGGUGGACGUGGACCUGCCGAAGGCAGAGGCUGGUCUUGCAGGCCCCAAGGUGGACAUCAGCGGCCCGGAGGUGAGCGUCGAAGGGCUGGAGGGCAAAGUGAAAGGUCCUAAGUUGAAGGUGCCUGAUAUGCACGUGACUGUUCCACACAUCUCGAUGCCGGAGAUAGACUUGAAUUUGAAAGGCCACAAAACGAAGGGUGGCUUUGACCUUUCCACCCCGAAGGCAGAAGGUCACCUGAAGGGUCCCGAGGUGGACAUCAAAGGCCCGGACCUGGGAAUCAAAAGCCCUGAAGUUGACGUCGAAUGUCCCGACGUGUCCAUUGAAGGUCCGGAGGCCAACAUCAAAUUUCCCAAGUUUAAAAAGUCCAAAUUUGGGUUCGGGAUGAAGAGCCCGAAGGCAGAAAUCGAGUUCCCCGAGGCAGAGUUGACCGUGGAGUCGCCCGACGGCAGCGUCGGGGGGAAGGGGAAGAAGAGCAAGUUCAAGAUGCCCAAAAUUCACAUGGGUGGCCCGAAAAUGAAAGGGAGGAAGGGUGGGUUCGACGUGAGCGUGGCGGGCGCCGAGCUGGAUGCCAACUGGAAAUCGCCCGAGUUGGACGCGAGCGGGGCGGGUCCGGAUGUCACCAUCAAAGGUGACGCCACCGUGAAGUCCCCCAAGGGGAAGAAGCCCAUGUUUGGGAAAAUCUCCUUCCCCGACGUCGAGUUCGAUCUCAAAUCCCACCGGUUCCGGGGGGAUGCGCCGCGGUGGUCCCCAAAGUGGAGGGGGGAGCUGAAAGUGCCCGAUCUGGAAAUUUCUGUGCCGAGCGCCAAGGGUGAGGUCAAGGGCCCGAGUCUCAGCGUGGACGUUGAAGCUCCGGACUUGAGCCUGAAGAAACCGAAAUUCCAACUUCCCGGUGGGCAGGUGGGCGCGGGGGACUUGGGGAUGGGGGGGGACCUGAAAGGACCCUCCGUCGCCGCUCCCUCCAUCUCGGUGCCAGACGUCGACUUCGGCGUGAAAGGACCAAGGGUGAAAGGUGGAGUCAACGUUCCUGGAGCAGAACUGGAAGGUCCUGAAGGAAAAGUGAAGUUGCCCCAGGUGGGGAAGGGUCUGGAAGUGCCGGAUGUGAACGUGGAUGUCGCGGUGCCGGCGGGGGAGGGAAGCGUGACCCUUGACGUCAAGCUCCAAGGGCCCCAUGUCACGGCGCCGGAUUUCAAGGGAAAAGGACCAAAACUGACGGGGGAGCUGGGGGUGGGGGCAGAAGGGCCGUGCGGUGGCCUGGUGGCACCCAGCGGUGACGGGGGGGGGCUGGGGGGGGAAGCUGAAGGUCAAAGGCCCCGCGUUGGAGGCGCCAGCUCUGAGCAUGGCGGGCAGCGGCGGCGGCGCCGUGAUGGAGGCGAAAGCCCCAGGUGCCACCCUCAGCGUGGGCAGUGCCGGCGGCGCCGUCAAAGGGCCCUCGGUGGCCGUUGGCGCCCCGGCUUUGGACGUGAACCUGCAAGGACCAAAGUUGAAGGGCGACCUCGACGUCUCUGCCGGCGCCCAACCCCCCAGGGCAGCGUCCGACGCCGCCUUUGAGAUCCUGGGGGGCACCAUCAAGCUGCCGUCCCUCAAGCUCCCCCAGUUUGGGCUUUCCAGCCCCGGUGUCAACGGGGGCGAUGGAGGCGUCACCCUGGAGGGUCCCCAAGGGCGAGGAGGCCUGACGGCAGCGGGGGGCGUUGGGGGGCUGGAAGGGCCCGACGUGGAGGUGAAAGGGCCGAAAUUUCAAGCGGAGGUACCGGACGUUGAGCUGAAGCUGAAAGGACCAAACCUCCGCGGCGCCGUUGACGUCAAAGCCCCAAAAGUCAAUGCGGAAGCACCUGGUGUCGCUGUCGAUGGGUCCGGGGCGGGCGUUUGCCUCGACGCUCCCGCCCUGAAGGUUUCCACGUCGGGAUUGAACGUCAACGUCAAAGGGCCAAAGAUCAAAGGCGGCGUCGGCAGCGUUUCCG